AAGAACCAUGUUCCGAGAUUUAUAAAGCUAUUUUUUAUUGAAAUUAUUGCGGUUUUUCGAAGGUGGAAGGAAAAACAAAUCGAUUAUCUUAUCUAUUUAUCAAAUCUUUAAUCUAGAACUUCCUUUAAAAGUAUCAAGCUGUUUAAAUCUGUCACUUUAAUAAGUUGUUUAAACUUGUAUACAAUUUUUGAAUUUCUUUAAACGUUUUCAACAUCUUGUUAAAAAAGAUAUACAACUUGUUUCAAACUUUAACCUAUAGAUGUUAAUAGAGUGACGGGCUUAAACGACCUGCUUGAAAAUUUAAACAGCGUUUUUACAGAGUAGUCACAGAUUCCCAUACGUGGAGAGGUCUUUACUUUGAAUUGACUGAUUGAUAAAAAUAAGCCUAAGCCACGAAUGAUCGACCAAAUAUUUUCAUUGAUUUUCUAAAUUAGAAUUUUGAUGCAUCAUCUUCAUAAUGCAUAUUUCUAUCUAAAAUGGGAACCUACAUUCACGGUUAUCAAUGAAUGUAAUUGAAUUGUGCUUUUAACCAGACGAGCGUAAUUCUACUCAUGAGGCUAUUCAGUUGUUUGCGUAGCUUCAUGCCCACCGGGUGUCUAUUCAAAACAAUAAUUUUGCCUGACAGCUGAGAAGCUCACAAUCCAGCGGUUAUUAAUCUGCUUUGAAAAAUACACGAAAACACCCUCAAUUUGAUAACUACUCGUUCGUUGGAUGACAAUAAUAACUGAUAACAGACGAUAGAUAAAAUAAUUUCUGAAACCUUUUAAUGAAAUAUUCAAAAAUUUCUUUCAGAAUGCCGUCGCCAAUCCACCCCCUUACAAGUAUGUCGAACUUUUGUCCCCGUCUGAAUGUGAUCGAAAACCACAAAAACCACUUUGAGCACACCAUAAUACAAGAGAACCAUAACCACGGGCGCACGCGAAACGAUCGAACUUACGGUCGAGUCAUUAUUACGCGCUAUGACUGUUUAGCGGGACAAAUAGCACCCGAAGCAGACGAUAUUUAGUACAAAUGAAAUGAGCAACACCGAGCCACUUCACAUCAAUGACAGAUUGUCAAUGCAGCGGGAGGCUUGAACUCUGUACAAAAUUGUUACUUUACCACCCUGCUGGCAAGGAAUUUAGGCACCUUUUUUCUCAAGAUGAUCCACAUUUCUCGAGGAAGAUAUUGAUCUAUUUUCAUAAAUUUGCGGAAAAUCACAUUUGUUUUGUGAGAGAGGGAUCACAUUGUUUUACGAUUAAGGGUGAAAGUGUGACGGAUUUUACGCGGACAGGUGUAAUCAUUAUUGACCAAAGUUCAAGAUGAGAUUUGUUUUGUGGAAUGUAAUCAAUCUGUUUGUGAUCUGGUCAAAUGGAGGAGUACUUUCCAAUGGAACACGUAAAUUCAAGAGGGAGAUUGACUUGUCAGAGGAGGAGAUAAAUGUAUAUACAAACCAUCAACAUAUAGAAGAUUAUGAUUUCAUUUCGCCAACAUUCCAUAAAGCUGCAAUACACAAGAGAAGUUUAGACUGGUCACCAGCCCAUCCCAAAGUCCACGAAGUAAAAUUCAACGCAUUCGGCGAUGCGUUUCAUUUAAAGCUUGAGAAAAACGCCUGGCUUCAACGUCGAGGAUUGACCGUGGAUAGGAUGGGAGAGGAUGGUGUGAUAGAAAGAGAAAGAUUAGUAAAUGGAGACUGUCAUUAUCAUGGAAAAUUACUAUCUCACAGCAGUGAAGAAUCGUCGGCAUCAAUCAGUACUUGUAAAGGCUUGACGGGUGUUAUAAGCCACGGAAAUUCGGAAUUCUACAUCAAACCGCUUCAAGAUCACCAUGCAACCCGGAUCAAAAGAGACUCGGAUAACCGGCAUGGCAGUUCGCAUAUCAUUUACAAACGAAGAUUCAGAAGAUUGCAAAAGACAACACCACGAGAAGAGGAACAACCGUCUGAACAAUUUUGCGCAUCGGAGGAUCCGGAGACAUUGAAUUCGGAGAUCGGCAACCAUACAAGUAUACCAUCGACGAUGAUGUCGUCAAUGGAAGACGUUUACGUUGGUCAGAAGUACUUAGAAUUCAUGGUCAUGAUUGAUAAGAGUAUGGUUGAAUUCCAUGGCGAUGACGCCAUCAACUAUACCAUGACAUUGAUGAAUAUAGUAUCAAGAAGAUUCGCAGAGCCAUCAUUAGGAGUAAGCAUGAGAAUAGCUAUCACAAAGUUUAUCAUCUUAGAUACUGACACUCCUAUGCAUGUAGUCAACCCAUUACCGGCAAUCAUGUUUUAA